CUUAUACGGUUAUUGUCUUUCGCCGUGCUCCUUGCGCUUGCUAAUAUCCCCUUCCUGCCUUCCGCUCCAGUUGCACAAGUGACGUCCUGCCAUUUCCAUGCCAGGCUGAUCGCUGCCAUUUCGGACUUGGAUCCUGCGUCACCUUGAACUCUCCCCUGCCGCCUUGCCAAGCCUCCCCGCGGCAAACUCUCAACAUCAAUCGCCAUCACAACGGGCCCGCAAGCCCACGCAGGCUUUCGGUACCCACACCACAACUCCCAGGCCCGCUGCGAAAACGCUGUCGUCCCCCGCGGCACAGAUGAUGAACGAUAUGGAUUCCAACGGGUUAAAGCGCAAGGACACGACAAAGGGUCCGCCCCUGCGCAUCUUGUCUCUCGAUGGAGGAGGCGUGCGCGGGUAUUCCAUGUUCUUAAUUCUCCAGGAGAUUAUGCACCGGACGUUUGUCGAACUCGAAGGCCGGGCACCGCGACGAUCCGAGAUCCCCAAACCAUGCGACCAUUUCGACCUUAUCGUCGGUACCGGCACCGGCGGCCUAAUCGCCUUGAUGCUUGGCCGGUUACGCCUCGAUAUCGAGACAUGCAAGGAAUUAUACGUCCGCCUCACCCGCAUCGUGUUUGAGACGGACAAGACCAUCGCCGGCAUUCCGUACCGCUCGACUUUGUUCAAGGCGACGAAGCUGGAGGAGGCGAUCAAGGAAUGCGUUCGGGAACACACAAUCUACGAGAAGGAAGGCAACGACGGAUCCGAGGCGGGAAGCACCUACAACCCUUUGAGCCCCGCUUCGCGCUCGAGUGCCGCCGCAUACCCGAAGAGGCAUACCAGCAACGCGAGCGUGCUGAGUUUCAGCGCGCGGAGCCCCAGCGCGCAGAACGCGAAACCCAUCUUCUCCCGCGGAGGAAACCCGAAUGCCCGUCUGUACGACGAACGAGAAAACCGAACUAAGACUGUUGUUACCGCCGUUUACAAAGGCACCGCAAAAGGCGGAGCGCCGGCCAUGCUGCGCUCCUACGAUUCUCGGAGAGAGCCGGCACCAGAGUUUGACUGCAAAAUUUGGGAGGCUGGCCGAGCAACGUGCGCCAUCGGCCUCGCCUUCAAGCCGAUUCAGAUCGGGCAGUCCGUGUUCCAUGACGACGGCGCGGGCACCUUCAAUCCGUCCCUCACGGCCCUCGACGAGGCAGUGGUGAACGAGUGGCCUGGUCGCGAGGUCGGCGUCUUCCUCAGCGUCGGAACUGGAAAGAGGCCAAAGGGUAGCGACGCGAAUUCGUCGCUGUGGUAUGAGGGCUUUCUUGGCGAGUUUGCCGAUGCGAGGAGGAAGCUGAUCGCAAAGAUUGAGGGCUGCGAGAAGAUCCAUGAGCUGAUGAAGAGGGAGCACCUGGCGCGGCGCGGCGUCAACAUCGAACACUAUUACCGGUGGAAUGUCGAGGUCGGCGUCGGCGAGUUCGGCAUGAAUGAGUGGAACCGGCUGUCGGAUAUCAGCACAAACACGAGGAGAUACCUUGCGAGGGACGACGAGCAGAGGAUGGUUCAGGGGGCGUCGGCAAAGCUGGCCAAGAUUCACUUCGCAAAGCAAAGGUGGGAACGCCUCAGCUCGGCCAACCCGAACGCGGCGGCACAAAUGGUGCCAGAGAUAGCACUGCCCCUAGCCGUGGAGCUGCCGGGAGACAUACCCGUAUCCCCUCACCCCCACAGCCCAUCGAGCCGGCAGUCGUAUGACUCUGGGCACGACAUGUUGCCUGUGCGUGCCUCCACGCCGUCGCCGAGGAGCUCCGGUGAACCGCCACGGCAGUCACCGAAGCUGAACCAGCUGCCCUAUCACGCUGCGCCCCCCGCCGGUCACCCACCAGCACCGCCCGGCCGCUUCGCCGACAGUGCGGCUGAUGACUCGGAUCGACUAGUGGUCAACGCCCCGACGCCAUCGCAGUACCGGAUUGCCGCAGGUGCGGACAAGAUCGCAAUUAUGGGGCCAGACGAUCACCCCAGGCGAUUCGAAGAUCCCCUGAUGCAGCCGCCGCCGCUGCGGGUCAGGCCACCCUCGGUGCCACCCCCGCUCCCCCCAAAGACACCACUCCCAGAAAACCAGGCAGCCUACGGCCGAGCAUCCGCCCCGGUCUUGCCCUACCCCCUUGAUGACGACGCACCACCGGUGGUCAAUAUGGCGAGGAAGCCAAAUUACAACUCAAGGUAGUUAGUACACCGCCGUACCCGCAGUCGGGAUCACUUCCUCCGCCCGUGGCGGCGGGAGCAGCCAUGAAUGCGGCACGGACCGCGAUCCCCUUUACGAGCCCACGAGAAACGAUAUCUAUGUAGAAGAUGUUUACCAUGUAUAUCCGUCUUGAAAGACUAUGGUUUGGUACCGGGAUAUAGGAGUUUGGAGUUAGCUACUCGGGUGUGUUGGAUGGAUACCAAUAUUAUUCUUCUUCUUAUUUAUUAUUUAUUUGUAUGCUUGACUUGGCACAAUCAUCUACAAUAUUCUCAA